AUGUCGGCCGUCUUGUUCCUGGGAGUGAGGACUUCCGUCUUCCAUAGUAGUCAUCCGAUCGAGAGGGGUUUCCUCUUUCUUCCGUUCAUCUAUGCCCUCACGACUGCCGCCAACGUCGUCUCCAUCUUCACCGACGCCCCCCCAUGUACGCUCUUCGUCUUCCGUGCCGUCGGCUCCCGUAGACCGACCGAUUGA